AUGAACCCAAGUGUCACUUCGAAUAACUUUAAUGAGAAUCUCACUACUGCAACAGAAAUCACCAACGAGUCCUCCUUACCUAUCACAACACUUGAGAUAGAAUGCCUCGAAACUAGACACAGCGAUAUCGACCCACAUACUAGCGCUGAUCCUGUCUUUUCUGGAACAGAUCCCAGCUCAGUAUCCAGAUCUAGUCAUGUUUUUAAGCAUGAAAACGGCACUAUCUACAAGCCUAGUUCCACUUACUACUCCAUUUCAACACAAAUGUCAAGCUCCGACCACAAUCUUCAACUGAAAAAAUACAGCUCUUCUCAAGCUUCUUCUAGCCUGAUAGAAAUGAAAUCCAUCACCUAUAUUACUAAAGAUCCCCAUUCUAUUCUUUCAUCGUCAACGGAGGUACUGAAUCGGGACUUCAGUUCUUCUCUUGCGUUGGAGGUUGAACCGAGUCAAUCAACAAAUACGUAUGAUAUAAAAGAUCCGACAAAAACAAGACAAGAUCCGUCCUUUAAAGAUACGAAUACCUCUUCUGUGGAAUCACAUACAGCUACGUUUUCAAGCAAUGACCAAAAAGUACCAUUGCAUGAAACACGUUUAACAGCUGCCUCCAGCAAUUCCCACCUUGUACACAGUUACGAAUCACGGACUAUAACUUCUUCUGCAGAUGAUCAAUUGGCAACUUCCAGGCUUAGUUCUCAUGCAAGUCAAGGUACGUCUUCCAAAUUUAGCCCAGGGGAAGUGAUUAUGAACACGUCAAGCAAAGGUUUUGGCUCCAGCUUUGCACUUUCUCAUCUCUCUGUCAGCCAUUCAUCAACCGAACACGUAGAAGGCACCAAGUCUUCCCCAUCCAAUACACUGUCUAAUACGUUUUUUGAAUCUAUUUCGACUAGUUCCCAUCAAUUGGUUAUUCCCACAGAUCUCCGUACUGAGACGAGUGAUCAGAAGCGUACAUUUUCAAGUUCAAGACUUAGUUUUUCUUCCACACUGGUCUCACUGCAAUUAAAAUCGUCAGAUUUAGACUUUGUGGACUCUUCAUCUAAUGCUGUAUCAACCAGGUCCACCUCACUUGCUGCAGAAGCAUUUACUACUGACUUGACAGACUACCCUUGUCCAGAAUGCACCAAGGAUUCCACAACAACACUUCACAGUGAUUUUGCAACCCAUUCUGAUUCUAGGACAGAUAAAUUCUUGUCUCUGUUAUCAUCUGCCAUUGUUUCAAGUAAAAUCUCCGUUGCCUUGACUUCGGACAUGUUUCAUGAUAGCCAUACUUCUAGUGCUUCCAUGUCCAAACAAGUUUCAAUAACCUCCAGUCUCACACAUUCUACUGAGACACUGUCGUUUGCCAGCUCAGUACUCCCAGAACAUAAAUCAUCUUUGGAAAGUAUCACUUUUGUUGAAAGCACCUCCAGUAUAGGCAACGAUUUUUCGAGUACUACCAGAAUUUCUCCUACUAACAUCGAAUAUGCUAGUCCUGUUAGAAUAUCUCCUACCAGCAGUGAUUCUUCAAGUGCCGUUAUUGUCUCAUCUGCUAUCAGGGACGUUUCCAGUACUAUGCGGCAAGCUUCUGGUUUUUCUACACGUGAAGUACGUACAACUUACAAAGUUUCUACGUCUGAAAAUGCAUCAUUUACUGAAAGCACAUCUGCGGCUCGUCUCGUCUCGGCUUUAGAAAGCCAUUCUGGGUUCUAA